AUUCUAGAACAUUCAUUUAACGAAAUAAAUCAUAAAAUUAGACACAUAUAAAUAAAUUUAUUGCAAAUGUCAUUCUAUCCAGGAUUCUACCCAUAAUAUACAUAACCACUUGCAGCAUCAUUUGCAGCUCCUCUUGCUUAUCCUCAAACAUCAUUUGUUAGACCUGUUGCAACUACUCCUAUUUACACAUCUCCAGCUCCUGUUUAUACAGCUCCUGCUCCUGUUUAUACAGCACCUGCUCCAGUUGUCACUUAAUCAGUUGUCUAACCAGUUGUCUAAUCAGUUGUCUAACCAGUUGUUGCUGCUUAACCAGCAAUCAAGGGAGAAUCCAGAGUUGAAUAUAGAGAGUAUUAAAGACCAGUUGUUGAAUAUGAGACUGAGACUAUCGAAGUUUAAAAGCCUGUUACUAAAUAUGUUACAGAUUAUUACCCUGUUGAAUAUUAAACUGAUUACAUUCCAAGAACUGUUUAUGAGACCUAAACAGAAUAUGUACCUGUUUAAAAAACAAUUCCAAGAGUUGAAUAUGAAGCAGUAGAGAGAUAAGUGUAAAGAGUUGUAAGAAGAGUUAUUUAUUUAUUUAGCCUGCUGCCCCUGUUUAAUAUGCUCCCGCUCCUCUGACAUAUUCAGUUGCUUAACCAGUUUAAUAAGUUGUCACUUAACCUGUAGCUUCAUAUGCAACACCUUUAACAUAUUCUGCAGUCAGACCUGCAUAUUAUGGUGGAUACCCAUAUUAUUAUUGAUUGACAAGAGUUUAAUAUAAAAUCC